CGGGCGCAGAGCUCGAACGGUGCUCGGCGCAUUUCUCUUCGUUGUGUUACAUCUGGUAGUAUUCGUCAGCGGCCAUAUGUAAUUUAACAUCAUUCAUUCGUUUCCAGACGCGUUUUGGGUGUCGUUUCGUGACGUUAAAGUGUUCCCGUGGGAAGGUUUUGUGGACGUUUAUGCCACGGUGAUCGGCGGUGACUGUGUUUCUAUCAGGCGGGGUUGUGGCAGCGCACUACGAUGAUCGAGCGACCAGACACUGCGGUUCCCAGCAUUGCUCAGCGGAACCUGGAGGGCUAUGUGGGCUUCGCUAACCUCCCCAACCAGGUCUACAGGAAGUCUGUCAAGAGGGGAUUCGAGUUUACUCUGAUGGUUGUAGGUGAAUCUGGGCUAGGUAAAUCGACGCUGAUCAACUCUCUGUUCCUGACUGACCUGUACUCCAAGGAUUACCCCGGACCCUCCCAGCGCAUUAAGAAGACUGUGCAGGUGGAGCAGUCCAAAGUGCUGAUUAAGGAGGGAGGGGUCCAGCUGACGCUCACCAUUGUGGACACGCCCGGGUUUGGAGACGCUGUGGACAAUAGUAACUGUUGGCAGCCUGUUAUAAACUACAUUGACAGUAAGUGUGAGGACUUCCUGAAUGCAGAGUCGAGGGUGAACCGCCGAUCGAUGCCAGACAACAGAGUCCACUGCUGCCUGUACUUCAUUGCACCAUCAGGACACGGUCUGAAGCCGCUGGACAUCGAGUUUAUGAAGAGGCUCCAUGACAAAGUCAACGUCAUUCCUCUUAUUGCUAAAGCAGACACACUGACACCAGAGGAGUGCCAGCUAUUCAAAAAACAGAUCAUGAAGGAAAUACAGGAGCACAAAAUCAAAAUUUACGAAUUCCCAGACACAGAGGAUGAUGAAGACAACAAGCUCAUCCGAAAGAUCAAGGAGAAGAUGCCGCUGGCAGUGGUUGGCAGCAACGUAGUCAUUGAGGUGAACGGCAAGAAGGUCAGAGGUCGCCAAUACCCAUGGGGUGUGGCAGAAGAGGGCAUUUUUGUGGAGAACGGGGAGCACUGCGACUUCACCGUGCUGCGAAACAUGCUCAUAAGGACCCACAUGCAGGAUCUAAAGGACGUCACCAACAAUGUCCAUUAUGAGAACUACCGUAGCAAGAAACUUGCUGCCGUGACCUGUAAUGGAGUGGACACUUCUAAGACCAAAGGACAACUGACCAAGAGUCCGCUGGCACAGAUGGAAGAGGAGCGGAGAGAGCACGUGAUGAAAAUGAAGAAAAUGGAGGCUGAAAUGGAGCAGGUGUUUGAAAUGAAGGUUAAAGAGAAGAAACAGAAGCUGAAGGAUUCAGAAGCUGAGCUGGAGAGACGCCAUGAACAGAUGAAACGGAACUUGGAGGCGCAGUACAAAGAGCUGGAGGAGAAGAGGCGAGUGUUUGAAGAGGAGAAGGCCAACUGGGAAGCUCAGCAGAGAAUCCUUGAGCAACAGAAACUGGAUGCCUCCAAGACAAUGGAAAAGAACAAGAAGAAAGGAAAAAUCUUUUGAAGGGAGAUGCAUCUUAUUUCCUUCAGUUUUACACUUUUUUUUCUCUCCUUCAGUCCCUCUGAAAUUAUCAGUGGCCCUCAGAACACACACACACUCGGUACAUCCAUAACAUUCCCUUCUGUUGCUUUUAACAUCAAACAUGGACACGCCGGUCCAUCAGAGUCCACGCUACAUCGCCAACACAAACGCAGAAUUCCACAGCAGCCCACGUACUUUUUCCUCUCUGCAGGGUUUCACAGAAUGUUGAAAUAUGAUUUUCAUUGUUGUGGGGAAUGCAUGUGCUUGUGAAACUAUAUUUUCCUGACAAUGAGGAGAAACGGGAGUUCCUCUGUGGAGCUAACACAUGGCAGGGACCAUGCAUAGCCUUUUGUACACACGUGUAGUAAUCGUAUGUUCUCUAGAUAUUUCAUACAUGUACAAAUACACCAUAUCCUUAUUCUACUCUUUUAUUUUGUUCUGUCCAAAAGAAGACACGUGUAAACCAAUAAAGGUUUAACUCGCACUAAAUCACACGGCCAUGAGGACCUCUGUGUUUGGAGAGGGGGCAGCUGGUGGAAACAAGGAAGACGUGUGCCGACUUUUCCCGGACAGUGCCAUGUAUGAACAGCUGGCUGUGAUUCAUAAUGAAGCCUGAUUCCUAUUAUACAAAAUACACCACUAAAUAAAUGACUGUACCAGCUAGUUCACUAUUAACAUUGUAUAUUUAAUGUUAGGAUUACUCACAACCAUUUUCCAAAAGAAACAACUUCAGGGAAAAAAAAAUCCUACAACCUAUAGACUGUUCUGUUCGUUCUGCACCAUUAAUCAACCCAAUACACGAGAAAAUGACAUUUUGGACAUGUGCAUUUUCUGUGUGUGAUGCAGCAUGCAGGUGCUUCACAGCUGGAGAAGGCUGAAGACACGCCCACACUUCACCUCGCUGCAGCAGGUAGAUGAGAUGGGGAUGACCGGUUGUCUACCUGGGUGAUUGUCAUCCAGGACCCAGGGAGGUUCUGUAGUGUGGUUGAUGCAGCGAUGCUCACAGACCUGCCUGAUACACAAGAGCGUGUUGGCAUGGAAAAUCACUAGUGCUUUGCAUAAUUUGUGUUUCAGUCCAGCUAAACGUGUCCUGAUGGGGUGAUGCAUUCACUUGCCGUAGUGAAAAACUAUUCUAAAUCCCAGUUUAAGGGAAUGUUAUAUGGCAGUGAGGUGUGACAAGAGGAUCGUUAUCAUUUUUUUUCCCACAUGCCUGCUGUACAUUUUGAGCCAGCGUAUAAAAAGGUGCACAUGAUGAUAUAAUUUCUUCCCGAAAGCACGUGAAUGCACCACCGUAUUACAAACGUUCUCAGAUCAUCACUUCGUAGCUUUAAAUUGUGCUGAAAUACUUAAAAUUAUAUGGCUUUCACAAUGAUGGGUUACCUGUUCCAAAAUGUAUUUCAGGUAUACCGCUGGGACGAGCAGCAUACGAUUUCCAUUUUUGGAAAAUGGUUGUCGGGAAUGUAAUGUGUAUGCAAAUUGUUUAUAUUGUGUUCAAACAUGCUAAAUGGCUUAUGUGAUCCUUUUAAGGUCAUUACUCUGAGAAGAAAGCUCUAAUAUUUGGAAUUAUUUGUAAUAUUCUACAAUGAAAGGGGGAAAAAAUCAUCAUAUUCAUAAAAAUUUAAUUGAUUGGGAUAUUUCAGUAGAACAAACUACAGCAACUGGAGUUCUUGUCUCCAAAAUGUCACCGUUUGUUGAUAAAGUCAUACAUUUGAAGUUGUGAGACAGAGGAUGGCAUGUUCAGAUAAUUUAUGUUUUAGAGUAGCAAUCAGACAAAAGCAUUUAAUACAGACACGAUGCUUUUCUUAUAAGACCGGCCAAGAAACGAUUUAUUUCUAAAAAUGUAAAACUUCUCUUGCAAAAUUAUGACUAUUACAAGUUUUCUCCAUAUUACAACUUUCUUCUUAUUGCAGUACAACUUUUAUCCUUGUAAAGACUUUAUUCUUGUAAUAUGAUUUGUUUUUUGUAACAUUAUGACUUUAUUCUCAAAAUAUUAUUCUGGAAAGAAUUCCUUUCCCCACUGCCACUAAUAAACCUCUGAUUCUGCACAGACAG